AUGUUCCUCCAUUCUGGCGCCAGCCUGCAUGGGCAUGAGUACUCCAACAAGCAACCGGCAAACGGUCCCCAACCUGCGCGGAGACGAAUUCUCCUGCGAUCUUCACUGGGAGCUUCCCCCCUUCCUCGAGCGAUGACACCUGCAGAAGAGCCCAGCGCCCUUCCACCACGAGCCAUCCGCCGCCUGUCUCUCCAAGGCCCCUCGCCAUCACCACGACCCAGCGUACGCCGUAACCGACCUGUCUCGGAGUACUUUCCGCGCAAGGAUCUUUCGGUACGCUUUGAAGAGCAACCCACCGUAGUGGGCGAGGAGACCAAUGCUAGUUUGGACGGCAUCAGCGAGGAUGAGGGUAGUCUGGUAUCGGAAGUGAGCGACAGCAGCACCGUCAAGAGGUCGAAGAGGUCAAGACGAGCUGCGAGGCAAUGCACCAACUACCUCCUGGCGUACCCCCCACCGAAGCUUCGCACAAAACAACGACGCUUUGUGCAAAUACGGCCGCGCCUCUUGCUUCAAUUACAACAACUAUCUAACGACAAGCGACCGAUGCCGGCCAUCGACGUUCUUCCUUCAAGCAUGAUUGCCGGAACGGUCAUUGUUCCCCGCCUGGCGCGACGAUUUCCUAAAAUGUUUAGAGUAAAGGGCCAACUAGGCAUGAACGGCCUCAUCCUGGCCAAGAGCGAGGACUACGACACCCCUGCCGACGAUUCGGACGACGACGAGAAGGACCUUGACAAGCGAGACCUAGUCGCUGUUAUUACACCACUCAAGGAGCGUAGGGAAGGCGAGAGGAGGGAUUCCGCUGACGAGGCCGAAAUCGUGUUGAGCGACGGCUCCGUGUGGACGGCCAUUCCCACCAGCAACGGGUCGUAUGACUUUGUGCAUGUCGACGAGACAGGCCACACCACGACGGCGAGAUGGGCGAAGAGGCCCGCGAGACCACUGUCCACUGCGACCUGCGCCGCCGCGACCAACCCCCCUGCGGCACCGGCAGAGUACAAGUUUACCUUUAGCAUCCUCGAUCCCCAGCUGCGAAGACACCCGGUCAUGGCAACCCUGACGCCAUCCAACCUCGAGAUCCUCGACAGCUACACGACUGUUUCGCAGUCGGCUGGUCGCUACCCUCCUACGCGUCCGUUUAGCACGGACCUCAGCGGCGACAACGAGCCCUCGUCCCCGCAGACCGCUCUCUCCAGCACGGAAAGGGAGACACAUCCCGUCGACGAGGCGACGAGAAUCCUAAUUACCAUCACCUCCGUCUGGGUCUCUCUUCGCCACGGCCAGGGCUGGGCCGCUACGGCUUCAACCCCCGCGACGGCCACCAUCCGUCCCGUCCACUCCCGCACGAGCAGUGCCGUUUGUGAACGCGCGCGAGCGUCGACUUUCCCGGUGACGACUAGCGAGAUGGGCCAGAUGAGAACGCAGCCCGCCGCUCAGCAGCAGGUUAUGAGCCAGCUGGGUCCCGUAAUUCCGAGGAGAGCACUCUCGACCGGGGCGGCCUUUAUGCACCGAAGACAGACCAAGAUGGGAGGAGAAUCGGUGACGGCUGACAACGUUGUUGUCGAGACUGACGACCUGGACGCUCUCAAGGAAGCGACCAACCCCGUCAUUGUAAAGAGGAGUUUUGCCAAGAAAAUACGCGAUUGGGGACAUCGCAUCACCCAGCGCAAGACAGCAGUAACGGCAUAA